UGUUAUCACCAGUUGUAUUUACUUCUCAGGUUAUUCUACGAGUCAGCCACUCUGAAACAGCUGUAGACGCCAUUCAAGUGGACUCGUUGCCUGGCAACAGAAGGUGUGCCAUGUGUCAGCCAAUCAGAUACCGGCUACAUCGCGUGCCAGCUUUCAGAAAAGGACGGGUUGUGAGAACAAAUAUAACCACGUACACAGACAGGGACAUGGAGAAGGGUAUGUCUUACAGCUACUGGCUGGAAGCAGUGGCCGACAGAAAAAUCAGCCAAGCAUCUCCCACCUUACAUUACACAUUUGGUCAGCCAUUUUGUGGCAAUGGGCAGAUUGACAGAGAACUAGGAGAACUGUGCGAUGACGGUAAUCUGCGGGGAGGAGAUGGGUGUGACCCCAAGUGCAAGACGGAGGAACUCUUCAAGUGCAAAGGUGAGCCAAGUCUGUGCUAUGUCUUCUAUGGGGACGGACUGUGUGAGGACUUUGAGAAAGAGAGCAAUGUCAUCGACUGUGGCUACCACACGCCCAAAGGCUUCGUCGACCAAUGGGCGCACGAGGCUGAGGCUAACCCCGCCUUCCAGCUGCCGGAAUGCCCAGCGAGAGCUGCCGUUGGUCAGCCUGCACCAGAGGAUAAUUGUCUUUCAGUAAGAGAUCCCCGGAGAGCUUGGUACCCUUGUGGACACUCCAAUCAACCAGAGAUCUACUGGCUGGAGGUCUACAUUCCACGUCCUGUGAUAGUGACGGAAGUCAUCUUACACCUCGGUUCUGAUGGGCGGAAUCAAACAGAUAUGGCACCGAAAAACAUGAGUGUUGACCUCAUUUUGACCGAUGGCACUUCCUUCCGGCUGACCCCAAGGGACAUUACUCUUGAAUGCAAGCCAGAUGGAUUCUCUUUCCCUGUGAAACACGAUCUCUCAACACCGUUUUUCAAAUCAAAAGGUGUUCGCCUUCAGUUUACCUCCUUCAAUAUCAGCAUCGCAGGAGUGCGGUUGAGGUCAUCGAAGUCCCUUGACCCUAUAACAUUGACCUCUUGUGGAGAAGGUCACCUGUACAGUCCCAGAUCAGCUGUGUGUGUGCCCGCCCAGUGUACCAACUUGACCUGUGGUCACUACUCGGCCCCUCACGCGCAUGUGAAAUGCACAGGCUUUACAGACGGCCAUGUCUGUUCUCUUGUCUGUCACGACGGCUACUCGUUCAUGUGGCCUUCAGCCAUGGAGGUGACGUGUGUCAGAGGUCAAUGGAUGACGUCACAGGACAACAUCUGUGUCCCUGUACCCUGUGGCCGUUUGUCGCUGGCCUACGCCAAGGUCACGUGCAACACGUCACAGCCAGUGUUUGGAGACAUUUGUACCUUUAGAUGUCGGCACCCCGCCAAACUGCAGGGUGUAGACAACAAGGUGAGAUGCGAAUCAGAUGGCUUGUGGUCAAGUCCCGACUCAAAAUGCGUGGUGCGCUGCGACCCACCUCUACGUAUGCCUGGGGCUCGACUGCUGACCAGGUCGUGUCGCAAAGGGCAGCAACUCGUGGAUACUCAGUGCCGAAUUCGGUGCCGGAAGGGCUACCGAGUGGAGGGAGCUUCGGCGAAAAGACGGCGCCUGAGCGCUGUCACCUGCUCCUCCUCCUCCCGGUGGUCUGGGAGGGGCUGUGUGGCCGUGACCUGCCCUCACCUUGACCCCAUUUAUAAGGGACUAGUCACGUGCUCCAAGGGUCGCCAGGUGUACAGCACGUGCAGACUCCGAUGUCCUGGCGAGACGAGAACACAAUCUGUCACAUGCAAGCCCAGCGGCAAGUGGUCAUCUCGUUUGACCCCCUGCACGUCAUUCCGCUCCACACGCUGCCCUAAGCUCAAGUCGCGCGUGGUGGAAGCGAGCCUGACCGUGCGUUGUAGAGGUUAUGUUGUUGGCACGAAAUGUCCCUGUCACUGUCCCACACCGGAUGAGGAGGCUGUCAUCUUCAAGAAGAAAGCAAACGUACGAAGUAUGAGCACUGACACUUCCGGUGCAUCUCGCGAUGUCGUCAUCAACCAUGUGACAUGCACGGGAGCCGGUCAUUGGUUCCCCAAUCCUGUAGACCUCAAGUGUGUGCAAAGCUGCAAUCGCAACACAGUGUCCGACGGUUGGUGCGACGCCAGAAACAACCGGAGACGCUGUCAGUACGACGGGGGAGACUGUUGCCAGUCCACACUGGGAGGCCCGGUUCAGGCGCCAAACUCUUGCGUGAACGCCUGCAGCUGUAAAGAUCCCAGGGCGAAAGAAAACCGCGGGAAAAUACGCGAUGUGACCGGUGGUGGUAGUGCGAGAUCGGUUGAUGAAGGAGAGGGAUGGGGAUAUGGGAGACAGUAAGAGGGUGAUAGAUAGUGAGUUAGAGAGAG